CCGCCGUGCAGGCUGCCGUCCGUUCGGCGCAUGCGGACGGCCGUGUUGCUCAGUCACGGGCCUCCGCCGCUCCCACCGCGCCCUCCGCCCGUGCGCCGUAGGGCCCCGGCCCGCUCUGCAGCCCCACCAUGGCCGAUCCCCGCCUGAGGCAGAUCAAGAUCAAAACCGGCGUCGUGAAGCGAUUGGCAAAAGAGAAAGUUAUGUAUGAAAAAGAAGCAAAACAACAAGAAGAGAAGAUUGAAAAAAUGAAAGCUGAAGCAUGUGAUGACUAUGGAAUAAAAAAGCAGGUUGAGAUUUUACAAGAGUCUCGAAUGAUGAUUCCAGACUGUCAGCGGAGAUUAGAAAUUGCACAUGCAGAUCUCACUCAACUACUAGAAAAUGAAAAAGAGUUGGAAGAAGCUGAAGAGUAUAAAGAAGCACGUUCCAUUCUAGAGUCGGUGAAGCUGGAAGCCUAGAAGUUUUUCAGUACCCUCUUUAUAUGUAUUAGCACUGGGUCCAUUUCACACUUUAUUUGACUGUAGCUCUGUUACUACUGCUGAUUUGCUGAGGUUCUCUUUAUGCAAACUAGCCUCUCUCUAACUGCAAGAUGCAUCAAAUAAAGGAUGUUCUGAAACAUCUGUGUGCUCCACAUUCAGGCAAAAUAAAAGCUUUUCCAGUUCACAUCGACUACAAAAGGUUUAAAAAAAAAAGCUUAGGUUAAGAAACAACGUACACAUUAAAUGUUAGCUAUGUAAGGAAUGUGAGGGGCUAAUAAAUACUUCAGAAAUACCUUGUAACUGAAAUAAUUUCAAGCCAUUAUAGCAUCAACUCUGUACUGAAAGAGGAGAUGGACCGAAUGACCCUUUUCAAAGUCACUUUUUUCCUGUGAUUCAAUUUAUUUGUAAUUUUAUCAAAUAUUACUCCUUGUUUAUCUUUGAGCCCAAGAUGGAAUUAAGAGCUGAUUCCAAACCUUUCUCAAUUUGCCUGAGGUUGAUUUGUAGAGCCCAAUUCACGCAACUGCCAUUGAUCAAAACUAAGUUACUUUUUCAAUAAACACAAUUUUGUAGCUAUGUAGUAUGUUGUUGGUUGGAUCUGCCAGUAAGAGUUCUAGAGUGAACUCUUUUCAUCUUGGCCUAAGUGACUUUUCUGAACGAAAUUCAAACCCUGAAAGAAAACAUGUGGGUAAGGGAACAACGCUUGAUCUGCAUGAAAGAUCAUUUAAACACUAUGUAUACUAUGUUCUUUCAGAAUGGCUUUUUGAAACAGGAAACAGAACUGUUGAAGAAAGGUUUUUAUGUUAGUUUUUCUAGUUUGAAAAUUUUGUAGUGUGUUCCUUAACAGCAACAAAAAUCUACAGUGUACCUUUUGUGUGAUGCUAUGUUGGAUACUCUUUAUAAAUGUUUUGUUAAUUUGCCUGA